AUGAAACUUCUCAACUACUACUGCUACCUCGUUCUAAGUCUCCUGGCAUCCACUGUGCAUGCCGCACCAGUCACCGUGAAUGUUACCACUGACAGCGCACCCUCAGUCGUGGAAGCUCGUAUGAUGCCUGCACCCCCAAGACAAUAUAUGAACUACCCCCAGCCUUUCCAUGUUCACGCUACCACUAUACGAGUUGCUUUCUUUGUAAGCUACGCCGGUGCCCCACUUAAUCCCCCCGCCCUACGUAUCCAACCCUACAAAGUCCAAAGAGGAUUAGACAGACUUAUGGAACGUAUUCAAGAACUUUACGGAGUGGGAGCGUACGAAUUACGCAUUCUGGAUGAAUUCCGGGAACCUGAUGCACAUGAUAUCGCUAUGGAUCCAACUCACUAUUCCUCCGCGUUUUUCUUGGUUGUGCUAGAGGGGUUUCAUGGGUGCAUGUCAAGAACUCCUUGUGCGUUUAAGGUGUGGUAUGAUGAGCCGAGGGAUGCAGAGAUGGUUCAUUAUGAGAUUGUGUAG